UUCAAUAUGCCCAAGUUCUUUUGCGAUUACUGCGAUGUCUACCUCACGCACGACUCAAUGAGCGUGCGAAAGGCGCACAACAGCGGCCGAAACCACUUGCGAAACGUCAUAGAAUACUAUCAACAAAUCGGCCACGAAAAGGCCCAGUCCGUCAUUGACUCCAUCACCUCAUCCUACGCCGCCGAAGGCCAGGCCCACGCCAACCCGAUGCUGCCACACAACCAGCCCGGCGGCUCUGGAUUCCCUCCGCCCUUUGGCUUCCCCGGAGGCGUGCCACCUCCGUUCCCAGGAAUGCCAGGCGCGCCACCCGGCGGUUUCCCCGCAGGAAUGCCUCCACCACCAGGAGGUGCCCGCGGUAUGCCCAACAUGCCGCCCUUCCCACCCCCGAUCCCCGGCGGCCCGAACCCUAGCGGCCUCCCCGUCCCGCCACCAGGCGCUCUACCUCCCGGAAUGCCGCCUUUCCCGGGGAUGCCGUUCCCGCCGCCCGGCGCCGCCGGUGCAGGAGGCGUUCCUCCUCCGAUGAUGCCGCCAAACUUCCCCGCAGGAUUCCCCGGCAUGCCUCCGCCCGGUUCAGGUGGGACCGGACUGCCGCCGCCGCCAUUCAUGCCCCCUAACGCCAUGCCACCCCCUGGUGCGAUGGGUGGGCCAGACAGCAAACGCUAGCCUCCUCGUCGACCCAAGUCACGCGGCCGCAAGCCGAAGCGAACUCUAGUUUGCGACAAUUCGUCAGGCCUUACUACUAAAAGAGAGGUUCUGGACAGUAGCUUGUUCGCCGUUGGCUUGCGUGUUCAGAGAUACACGUCUACUUGUUGUUUUUUUCUCACAGCCAUAUAUCACUUUCAGAGGAGUUAUAGGCGUCAACGGAAUAGUAUUUGUUUUACGACUUUAGGCUUCGUUUAAUGGGAGUGAGCCAUGUACUUUUAACCCAUGUGUUUGCACACGAGGGCGGGUUUAAAGAAAAAGUUGAUUUUCUUCUAAUUGUCACAAGCACGUCUUGUUUGUCCCAUCAUGUUGCGCAGUAGAACAUUUGGAAAGCCUGCAUGUGCGAGGGGGAUAGAAGAGAAAGAAAGAAAAAAACGUCGUAGGGAUCCAUCUGCUGUGGCGCCCGCUUCGGUUACCC